GCGUUUGGCGUUUCGUCGUCUGAAGUUAAGAUUGAGACUUGAGAGAUCUUUGGAGUGGGGCUUCUUUCGAACAGCCAGCGGGUCUUCAAUGUCUUCUCCUGCAGAAUUCUAUAAAUCACUUCCAUCUGUGAGCAAGGCUUAUGGGACUCUUUGUUUAUUGGCUACAACAGCAUUUCAUUUGGGACUUUAUCAUCCUGCAAAUAUUGCACUAAUAUAUCAACUAGUACUCUUUCGUUUUCAGGUCUGGAGGCUGGUUACGAACUUUUUCUUCCUUGGCAAGUUUUCUAUAAAUUUUGGAAUUCGGCUCUUGAUGAUAGCAAGGUAUGGUGUCCAACUAGAGAGGGGACCUUUUGAAAGGCGUACUGCAGAUUUCUUGUGGAUGAUGAUAUUUGGAGCCAUUUCAUUACUAGUUUUAUCUGCCAUUCCUCUAUUAUGGACCCCAUUCUUAGGCAUUUCACUGGUGUUUAUGCUUCUCUAUGUUUGGAGUAGAGAGUUCCCAAAUGCUCAGAUCAAUAUAUAUGGACUCGUUACACUCAAGGCAUUUUAUCUACCCUGGACAAUGCUCGCUUUGGAUGUAAUUUUUGGUUCACCUCUCAUGCCAGAUCUGCUUGGGAUCAUUGCAGGACAUCUAUAUUAUUUCAUUACGGUAUUACAUCCUCUGUCUGGUGGAAAGAACAUAUUGAAGACACCAAUAUGGGUGCAUAAGCUUGUUGCCCGGUGGGGUAUAGGACAUCAGCCAAGUAUGUCUUCCCAGUCUGAUAGGGCAGCUGGAGUUGCUUUCAGAGGCAGAAGCUAUCGGCUAAAUUGAUAGGACAGUUAUGCUAUGUGGAAACUUCGAAACAUCUACUCUUAUCUCUACUUGCUAGCAUUUCUGAUGACACUGCUGAAGAAAAGAAUUAGCAACCAAUGUUGCGGGGAAAAAGAUUCACCUGAAUGGACUCACAGUGCAGUACCUCGGGCUGAGCUAUAACAUUCAUCAUUGAAAGACGGAUCUGAUGUUAUCCCAAUGAAGAUUUAACUGAAAAUUGAGUUCUUACUGAUUUCUCUCACCUUUUGUUUUUCGCAUUUUAGUCGCAUGGGAUUUAUAGAUUAUGAAGGGAAAAGCUCUGAAUGUUGAUUUUUAUACAUCCUCCGAACUGUUUAUUUUCUUCAUCAAUAAAUUUUGCUGUACUCGUGGAUGUUGCAACA